AUGGAUAUCCUGAAACGGUUUUUGAUCUUUUCACUUAUUUUCACUUCCACCAUUCUCAUUGUCUUCAUCAGUCUUUACAUUUGGCAGGCAAGCAUCGAUGAAAGCAAACAGGUUUGUAUUGAUGACAAAUGUAUUCGUUCAAGUGCCUUCAUUUUGAACAUGAUGGAUCAAAGCAUUGACCCUUGUGAUGAUCUCUAUUCAUUCUCCUGUGAUCGUUGGAUCCAAGCCAACAAUGCAACCUUGAGGGCUUCCAAACUCACCGUUCUUCAAUUUAUGCAGCACCACCUCCAGGAAGAGAUUGGAAAUAUUUUGACUGAAUCCAGUUCACAACAAAAUGGGAAAACUGUGAAAUCUAUUGAAAAAGCCUUAUUGUAUUUCCAAAAUUGCCAGAAUGAAAGUGACAUUGAACUACAAGGAGCUGCACCAGUCAAAAAGAUGAUAGCUAGACUUCAUGGUUGGAGUAUAGGCAAUAACAGUUGGUCAAAUAAAACAUGGAACCUUCUGGAACCUUUGAUUCUCAACCAAAAUCUUGGAGGUUCUGCAUUUUUUAGCAUUUCUGUCGAGAAUAGUGACUGGGAUUCCAAUUCAACGGUGUUAACGUUCAUGCAGUCUGGUUUGACUCUAAAAGCAAAACAAGCCUACAACAAGAAUGCGUCUACCAAACUAUUCACAAAUUAUGUGAAAAAAAUUGCCACUUUGCUUGGUGUCAAACAUAAAACUCUCGACAAAAUCAGCGAUCUUUAUGAAUUUGAAAAGCGUAUUGCCCAUAUUCACAUGAACAAAGAUGAACUGAUUGAUCCAAUAAAAACAAGUAAUCGAAUGAAGCUUUCAGAACUGGAAAAUUUGGUGGGGAACAAGAUAAAUUUCACUCUCUUGGUGGAAGGACUACAAGGAAAAGCCCUCACUGAAGACAUGGAUGUUGUUGUUGCUUCUGUCGAUUAUUUCAAACGUCUUAAAUCUCUCCUGCAAGUGACUCCGGAAGAAGUUCUUGCCAACUACAUUGUCCUCAACACAAUUGAAGUGAUGAGUAUGUUUAUGCCUCAUGAAUUUGUCACUGCUUACCUAAACAUCUUUGAAUCAUGGUCUGAUUUGAAAAGCAUUGAAAGUAGAUGGAAACAUUGCGUAGGCGCUGUCAAGUCAGCUUUUCCAUUGCCUUUAGCUGCACUUUAUGCUCUCAAGAACUUCCCAAUAUCUAGCAAAAGAGAGGUUGAAAGAAUGUUUGCGGAAAUUCGUGAGGCCUUCAUUGCUAGUGUUCCAAAGUUGGACUGGAUGGAUGAUACAACGAAAUCCCAAGCAAUUGCAAAGGCCAAGUCCAUGAAAGUUGUGAUUGGAUUUCCUGAGUGGAUUCUCAAUUGGGAUCAACUGGACGAAUUUCAUAGCCAGAUGCACGUUGUACCUAACAAUUACUUUGAGAAUGAAGUAAAAUUGAGGAUUGCCAAAUCAAAGAAGGUUAUGGAGUAUCUCAACAAACCAUUUGAUAUAAAUAAGUUUGCCUUUGAUGCUCUCGAUGUGAAUGCUUUUUAUAAUUCCAAGAAUUUUGCUAUUUUUCCUGCUGGCCUUCUACAAAGACCCAUGUAUGAUGUCAUCUUUCCGCUUUCCUACAACUUUGGUUCCCUGGGUUCAGCAAUUGGACAUGAAUUCAUUCAUGGUUUUGACAAUUCAGGACGUCGAUUUGACAGCCAAGGAAUUUUACACAACUGGUGGAGUAACAUUUCAAACCAUAAAUUUGAGAAAAAGGCAAAAUGUAUUCAGGACCAAUACAGUAAUUACAAUGAGUCUGGGAAAACGAUUGAUGGACUAUUCUCUCUGGGAGAAAACAUUGCUGAUAAUGGAGGUCUUCAAAUUGCCUAUAGAGCUUAUCAAGAGAGAAAAAAAUCACUUGAGCAACCACUCCGUUUACCUCCAGGACUAAAUCUGACACAUGAUCAACUUUUCUUUGUUGGAUUCUCACAGUGUGCACAUACCUCUUUAUUGCUAUCACUUUCUUCAUAUCUCUCUGUUGAUAGCAGUUUCUUCAUGUCUAUAUAUUUCUGUUCCAAACAGUCUCUAUCUAUACAUUGCUCUCAUUCUCUUCAUGUCUCUCUCUUACUAUCACUUUCUUUGUGUCUUUCUCUUGGUAUCAGUCUCUUCAUGUCUCACUCUUGCUCUCAUUUUCUUCAUGUCUCUCUCCAGCUCUCAGUUUCUUCAUGUCUCUCCCUUGCUCUCAGUCUCUUUGUGUCUCUCCCUUGCUCUCAGUCUCUUCGUGUCUCUCCCUUGCUCUCAGUCUCUUCGUGUCUCUCCUUGCUCUCAGUCUCUUCGUGUCUCUCCCUUGCUCUAAGUCUCUUCGUGUCUCUCCCUUGCUCUCAGUCUCUUCGUGUCUCUCCCUUGCUCUCAGUCUCUUCGUGUCUCUCCCUUGCUCUCAGUCUCUUCGUGUCUCUCCCUUGCUCUCAGUCUCUUCGUGUCUCUCCCUUGCUCUCAGUCUCUUCGUGUCUCUCUCUUGCUCUCAGUCUCUUCGUGUCUCUCUCCUGCUCUCAGUCUCUUCGUGUCUCUCUCUUGCUCUCAGUCUCUUCAUGCCUCUCUCUUACUAUCACUUUCUUUGUGUCUUUCUCUUGGUAUCAGUCUCUUCAUGUCUCACUCUUGCUCUCAGUCUCUUCAUGUCUCACUCUUGCUCUCAGUCUCUUCAUGUCUCUCUCCAGCUCUCAGUCUCUUGGUGUCUCUCCCUUGCUCUCAGUCUCUUCGUGUCUCUCCCUUGCUCUCAGUCUCUUCGUGUCUCUCCCUUGCUCUCAGUCUCUUUGUGUCUCUCCCUUGCUCUCAGUCUCUUCGUGUCUCUCCCUUGCUCUCAGUCUCUUCGUGUCUCUCUCUUGCUCUCAGUCUCUUCGUGUCUCUCCCUUGCUCUCAGUCUCUUCGUGUCUCUCUCUUGCUCUCAGUCUCUUCGUGUCUCUCUCUUGCUCUCAGUCUCUUCGUGUCUCUCCCUCUCAGUCUCUCUCCCUUGUCUCUCUUCGUGUCUCUCUCUUGCUCUCAGUCUCUUCGUGUCUCUCUCUUGCUCUCAGUCUCUUCGUGUCUCUCCCUUGCUCUCAGUCUCUUCGUGUCUCUCCCUUGCUCUCAGUCUCUUCGUGUCUCUCCCCUGCUCUCAGUCUCUUUGUGUCUCUCCCUUGCUCUCAGUCUCUUCGUGUCUCUCCCUUGCUCUCAGUCUCUUCGUGUCUCUCUCUUGCUCUCAGUCUCUUUGUGUCUCUCCCUUGCUCUCAGUCUCUUUGUGUCUCUCUCUUGCUCUCAGUCUCUUUGUGUCUCUCUCUUGCUCUCAGUCUCUUCGUGUCUCUCCCUUGCUCUCAGUCUCUUCGUGUCUCUCCCUUGCUCUCAGUCUCUUUGUGUCUCUCCCCUGCUCUCAGUCUCUUUGUGUCUCUCCCUUGCUCUCAGUCUCUUCGUGUCUCUCCCUUGCUCUCAGUCUCUUCGUGUCUCUCCUUGCUCUCAGUCUCUUCGUGUCUCCCUUGCUCUCAGUCUCUUCGUGUCUCCCCUGCUCUCAGUCUCUUUGUGUCUCUCCCCUGCUCUCAGUCUCUUCGUGUCUCUCCCUUGCUCUCAGUCUCUUCGUGUCUCUCUCUUGCUCUCAGUCUCUUCGUGUCUCUCCCUUGCUCUCAGUCUCUUCGUGUCUCUCCCUUGCUCUCAGUCUCUUCGUGUCUCUCCCUUGCUCUCAGUCUCUUCGUGUCUCUCCCUUGCUCUCAGUCUCUUCGUGUCUAUCCCCUGCUCUCAGUCUCUUCGUGUCUCUCCCCUGGUCUCAGUCUCUUCGUGUCUCUCUCUUGCUCUCAGUCUCUUCGUGACUCUCUCUUGCUCUCAGUCUCUUCGUGUCUCUCCCUUGCUCUCAGUCUCUUCGUGUCUCUCUCUUGCUCUCAGUCUCUUCGUGUCUCUCCCUUGCUCUCAGUCUCUUCGUGUCUCUCCCUUGCUCUCAGUCUCUUCGUGUCUCUCCCUUGCUCUCAGUCUCUUCGUGUCUCUCUCUUGCUCUCAGUCUCUUUGUGUCUCUCCCUUGCUCUCAGUCUCUUUGUGUCUCUCCCUUGCUCUCAGUCUCUUUGUGUCUCUCCCUUGCUCUCAGUCUCUUUGUGUCUCUCCCUUGCUCUCAGUCUCUUCGUGUCUCUCUCUUGCUCUCAGUCUCUUCGUGUCUCUCUCUUGCUCUCAAUCUCUUCAUGCCUCUCUCUUGCUCUCAGUCUCUUCAUGCCUCUCUCUUACUAUCACUUUCUUUGUGUCUUUCUCUUGUCUCUUAAUGUCCUUUUUUUGCUCUCAGUCUCUUCAUGUCUCUCUCCUGCUCUCAGUUUCUUAAUGUCUCUCUCUUGCUCUCAGUUUCUUAAUGUCUCUCUCUUGCUCUCAGUCUCUUCGUGUCUCUCUCUUGCUCUCAGUCUCUUCGUGUCUCUCUCUUGCUCUCAGUCUCUUCGUGUCUCUCUCUUGGUAUCAGUCUCUUUGUGUCUCUCUCUUGCUCUCAGUCUCUGCAUGUCUCUCUCCUGCUCUCAGUUUCUUAAUGUCUCUCUCUUGCUCUCAGUCUCUUCGUGUCUCUCUCUUGCUCUCAAUCUCUUCAUGCCUCUCUCUUGCUCUCAGUCUCUUCAUGCCUCUCUCUUACUAUCACUUUCUUUGUGUCUUUCUCUUGGUAUCAGUCUCUUAAUGUCUCACUCUUGCUCUCAGUCUCUUAAUGUCUCACUUUUGCUCUCAGUCUCUUCAUGUCUCUCUCCUGCUCUCAGUUUCUUAAUGUCUCUCUCUUGCUCUCAGUUUCUUAAUGUCUCUCUCUUGCUCUCAGUCUCUUCGUGUCUCUCUCUUGCUCUCAGUCUCUUCGUGUCUUUCUCUUGCUCUCAGUCUCUUCGUGUCUCUCUCUUGGUAUCAGUCUUUUUGUGUCUCUCUCUUGCUCUCAGUCUCUGCAUGUCUCUCUCUUGCUCUCAGUUUCUUAAUGUCUCUCUCUUGCUCUCAGUCUCUUCGUGUCUCUCUCUUGGUAUGAGUCUCUUUGUGUCUCUCUCUUGCUCUCAAUCUCUUCAUGCCUCUCUCUUACUAUCAGUUUCUUUGUGUCUUUCUCUUGGUAUCAGUCUCUUAAUUUUCUUCAUGUAUCUCCCUUGCUCUCAGUCUCUUCCUGUCUCUCUCUUGCUCUCAGUCUCUUCGUGUCUCUCUCUUGCUCUCAGUCUCUUUGUGUCUCUCUCUCAGUCUCUUUGUGUCUCUCUCUUGCUCUCAGUCUCUUUGUAUCUCUCUCUUGCUAUCAGUCUCUUUAUUCUCUUCGUGUCUCUCUCUUGCUCUCAUUUUAUUUAUGUCUCUCUCUUGCUCUCAGUCUCUUCGUGUCUCUCUCUUGCUCUCAGUCUCUUAAUGUCUCACUCUUGCUCUCAGUCUCUUAAUGUCUCACUCUUGCUCUCACAUUGGUGUACAGUUUACAAAAGUUUAAAGGACCAAAAAAAAGAUUUCAAAUGGAAACAUGCUCCUGGAAUGCUCAGGGUGAGAGGCUCUGUGUCAAAUAUGAAAACAUAUAGUGAUCCAAGGCAUCCAUCGUUCCAAUUAUUACCUGCAAAAACAUAUAUAUCAAACCAGUUAAUUAAAACGAAAUAUCUAUCUAUCUAUCUAUCUAUCUAUCUAUCUAUCUAUCUAUCUAUCUCAGUCUAUCUCAAUCUGUUCAUCCAUCUAUUUGAGUCUGUUCAUCUAUCUAUCUAUCUAUCUAUCUAUCUAUCUAUCUAUCUAUCUAUCUAUUUCAGUCUGUUUAUCUAUUUCAGUCUGUUCAUCUAUCUAUCUAUCUAUCUAUCUAUCUAUCUAUCUAUCUAUCUAUCUAUCUAUUUCAGUCUGUUCAUCUAUCUAUCUAUUUCAGUCUGUUCAUCUAUCUAUCUAUCUAUCUAUCUAUCUAUCUAUCUAUUUCAGUCUUUUCAUCUAUCUAUCUAUCUAUUUCAGUCUGUUCAUCUAUCUAUCUAUCUAUCUAUUUCAGUCUUUUCAUCUAUCUAUCUAUCUAUUUCAGUCUUUUCAUCUAUCUAUCUAUCUAUUUCAGUCUGUUCAUCUAUCUAUCUAUCUCUCUAUUUCAGUCUGUUCAUCUAUCUAUCUAUCUAUCUAUCUAUCUAUUUCAGUCUGUUCAUCUAUCUAUCUCUCUAUUUCAGUCUGUUCAUCUAUCUAUCUAUCUAUCUAUCUAUUUCAGUCUGUUCAUCUAUCUAUCUCUCUAUUUCAGUCUGUUCAUCUAUCUAUCUAUCUAUCUAUCUAUCUAUCUAUCUAUCUAUCUAUCUAUUUCAGUCUGUUCAUCUAUCUAUCUAUCUCUCUAUUUCAGUCUGUUCAUCUAUCUAUCUAUCUAUCUAUCUAUCUAUCUAUCUAUCUAUCCCAGUCUGUUUAUCUAUCUAUCUAUCUAAAUGGGAAUGUAGAAAAUACAAGUAUAAUAGCCUCAUCCACAUGUAA